AUGGCCUCUAUCGACCUGGACAAUAUCAUUCAUUACCACCCUCCCCCCAUCCCGAAGCCCCCUUGCAAACAGCCACACCUGACUACUUCUCUUUCCCACCCUCCUUCAAACCAGCCCGUCCUGAUCCAUCCUCUACCUUCGCGACCCCCGUGCCUUUCUCAUGAGUCCCCGCAAACUUUUCAUCCUCGUCGACAGAGUCCCUUUCCUGCUGUGUUAUCUGUGACUUGUGAUCGCGACGCCCAUCUGAACGAGUUUGAUAAAGAAUUAGGCAACUUGGAAAUAGCCGAAUUCGGGAGCCAGGAGACUCUAGCAUUAUGCUUUGGGAGCAGGGAAGGGACUCAAGCAGAGGACAUCAACGGCAUCCAUAGAAAGGAGCCGCAUGAUGAACACAGUGGAGCAUCACACAGCGACGAUCGUUUUGCGGACGAUUUAAGGGUCCUCUCAGACGGCCCUGCUACGCCGCAAGAUACUGCCGCCUCAUCAGACUCUGCCGAGACCGACCUUUCAUCAGCCAGUGCACCCACUUAUCCUGUAGAAGCUGAUGGUUCUGUUUCACCGAACGAACCGUGUCCCGUUCAAGAUUUUUCACCCACUGAGCGCAAUGAAUCCCAGCUUUCCGUUUCUGGCUGUGAGACAGAGGUCAACAGCGUGGCGGCUGGUAAUGUUUUAAGUGAUCAGGCCCCAUCACCUAAUCCUAGCACACCUGUUCCAGCUGGGGAUGAACCAGAACCUGCGAAUCAGUGGAGCCCUGAAACUGGUGCAGAGUCCAGAAAAUCAAGUCCUCUACCGGCUCCGGAGGUACAUGCCAUCCAGUUAGACCCGAGGGACCUUUCAGCAACUCGCGACAGCCACCUGGAAGUGCGGAGCGACGGCAACGACAUCCACUCAACAGAUUGUUGUCUUGACGGCGAAGCGGUAUCAAGCCCUAUCUCGCCUGUGCUGCAAAAAAGAAAGCAGGAAGUCUCCAGAUCAGAGGGAAAGGAUUCACCAAGAGAUUUAUCUAGGUCGUGCUCCGUAUCCGUUGUUGUGCCUGUGACCCGACCCCGUGGGAUACCAAGAACAGUGUCCACUCGAGCCGGUUCCACACGCUGUACACGGAAAAGGAAAAAUCGAGCAAAGCCCGCCUGGAACAUUGAAAGCGAUGAUCCUGACGACAGUGACUAUACAGACGGGAACGAUUCUGGUGUUGGUGUCGUCGCCAGAUUGCCACGUCUAAGAAAGAGGCAGAGACGAACUGCUGCAGCGAAGAUCCAGCCCGCUCAGACUCGACGUGAAAGCCUGCAGCGCGUGUUUUCCUCGCCGGCUCCAGAAGAGGAAAUUGCAGAUCCACGUCCCGGCACAAGUUUGCAGGACAUGCAAACCAUUCCCAUCAGAGGCUUUCUCACGCGGCAAAUUGUUCUAUCAAGAGUCAUCUACUCCUGUACCUUCGAGGAAGAUAGGCAGCGUUCUUGUCCGCAUGGGCUAACAAAAGCUCCCGUAUACGAGGAAAGCUCAGACAAGACAGGGCACACCACGCCGCCCAGCAACAAAGAGCCAUCACCUCGUGCGACUCGUUUCUCACCCGAUGAGGACAAACUCUUGAUCGAACUGAAGGAAAAGCGAAGUCUCCCAUGGAAUCAGAUCGUGACGCAUUUUCCAGGGAGGACGAAGGGUGCUCUUCAGGUUCGCUAUAGUACGAAGCUCAAGGACCGAGGAAUUGGAAGUCUCAGGCGAGGUCGGAGCCGAAGGGUUACAUGUCCUCCAACUGCGGCUGUGGCUUGA